AUGACGGUAGCAGUGGACAGACCCAUCGAUUCGGGCCAGACGGGUACGAUCCACAGAACAACCGAAGGAGGAAGAAACGAUCGGGGCAAUGGCGUUGAGAUACCCGGUGUGGGAAUAGCCGGCAUUAAUGCUAGAGACCGAUCCCAGAACGGCCAAGAACAGUCGCCUCCUCAUUUACAACCGCCAGGCGAGCCUACGAGUUUAUCGUACGUCGUCGAGGUGGUCUAUAGUCCCAAUGACGGUUCCACCGAGCCCUUGAAAGUGCAUUACCCGAUCCCGGCUUCUAUUGCAGACCGACCAGAUACAAACCAUGCACCACGUCUUGAAGAACCGGUCUCCUUGCAGGAGGCUUUCAUCAUGCCACCCCGCAAUGUGGCUGACCAGCUAAUCCAAGCAUUUUUCUGCAAGCUCCACCCGGCAUUUCCAGUGUUUGAUCGACAAAGGUUCACACGGUUGUACCAUCAGGGCCAAGCCUCUCCACUUGUUCUGCAGACUAUUUUCUUCUUGGGAUUCACGGUUGGCAGUGAAGAGCUAGUUCACACGGCUGGCUAUAGUGAGCGAGCCACGGCCAGGAAAACACACUACCUUCGGGCAAAGGCAUUAUACGAUGCUGACUACGAGAAUGAUCGAAUGAAUCUUGUGGCUGUCCUUCUCCUCUUUGGAUUUUGGUGGGCUGGCCCUGAGGACCAGAAGGACCCUUGUCAUUGGAUUGGAUGCGCGAUAGCUCUCGCUCAAUCGUUAGGAAUGCACCGCACGUCGCAGUCUGCGAUGAGCCAACCCAUGAGGUCUUUGAGGAAGCGGAUUUGGUGGGCUAUAUAUACGCGUGACCGACAUAUCUCCGCGGCCUUCGGCCGACCCUGUCGCAUACGGGAUGAGGACUGUGAUAUUGAAGCCCUCGAUGAGGAUGACUUCAAGUUUGACGAUGACUAUGACCAGACACUCAUCCCCGUCCAAACGAGUUUUCAUAUCGCUUAUACCCUUGAAAUGACAAAAUUAGCUACAAUACUUAGCGAUAUCCUUAUUGGCGAGUUCAGCCCUCGUCAUGCUGCGCUGGACAAAUAUGAUACAGAAAGGCUGGCCGGAAGACUUGCCCAGUGGGAAUCCCAGUUGCCGGAUCAGCUCCGAAAGACGACUCCGGAUGGAUCAUUGGGUGCACCUUUCUGGGCGUCCAUGAUACAUUUCAGCUAUCAAAAUUGCCUCAUCCUUCUGUUUCGACCCAAGGCUAUCGAAAAUCUGUCUCCAGCAGAAGCCGAAUGUGAUGUCCGAGGGCGCAUGGCUGCUGACACCAUCACCCGUCUUGCAGAGGACCUUUUAGGUGCCGGGAUGAUUAAAGAAGGGCUAGUCCACCUCGUCCCAGCUCUGUUCUCUGCGCUCUCCGUCCACACCAUCGUCAUCUGCCGGAAGGACCCCAUACGCCGUCAACUGGCCGAGAACAAGUCGCGACAAUGUCUACUAGCAUUGAGCGAGCUGGCCAGCAGUUGGCCUGUCAAGAUCUGGAUUGCUAAGGCAUUUGUAAACCUGUUGCGAAGGCUGACAGUGCAGGGCUCUGCCUCGAUAAUCAAUGUGUCUUCCAGCAUUGCGAACAAUCGUAGCAACGUAGCGCUCUCGGCUCGUUCGAAUUCAUCGGGGCUAUACCAAGCUCAUAGUCCUAAACAAGCUAUAUUGGAGAGCUCCAACAGAAAUGAGCUGAUGAACCAGACUAGCUACAUUCACGGACCACAGCUUCGAGAUCUUUAUCCAUCUGGGAAUUUGCCACAAGGAGCUGAUCACAUUGUGUAUAGUUCCUUCUGGGCAAGUUACCUUGACAAUACGUUCGACAUGGACCUACUUCUACAUAACAGUUUAGGGCCAACGCUAGCUGGGCCAUUAGACGGUUUGGAUGCGGCGGAGGGUGCAAAUUCUCUACAAUUUUAG